AUGCCAAGGAGUAUGAUAAAAAUAAUGGCUCUAGCAUCGGCUGGCGAGAACUUAUCAAGGGAAGCGAAUAGAACGAUAACUGUAUGCUAUGGCAUUAUCAACACCUUAGACAACAACCCGCAAUACAAUGUAGAUGCUAUCAAAGAAGAGCUUAACUUCUUAAUUCAACAAGCAGCUCACAGAAAACCAUGUCUCUCGGCAUCUGGAUUUUUUGUAGCUAAUUCAACCAUGAUGGGAUUUAUCAUUGGUAGCAUCACUUCCUAUGUUAUAGUAGCCGUACAAUUUUUAAAAGAAACUUCACCUUAA